GUAGCGGGCCCAGCCGCGAGGGAUUGUGGGUAGGAGCCGGGCGGCACGUGCGGGUGACGAGACAUCACCUCAGGACAAGCCAUGGACGCCCCAGGGACAAAGCUUGCAGGUGGAGGGAGAGGCGAGAAGACGGCGCCGCUCGUGGGGACGGGGGGCGUCCGGAAAGCGAAGCCCCUCGCCGUGAAGACCUCCCUCGGUAACCCCUACGCGGUCACGUGGAGCCCCUUGUCCGGGGAGGCCGCGCGCUUCAUCUUACGGACCCUGGAGGCCGGGCUGAAGGCCGUCGGCCUUCGCAAGGCGGAGCAGCCGAAGGGACGCAGGCGGCCGCCCUCCCGGGCCGGGAGGGCGAGCGGCGGGGAGCCGGUCCGUCCCGCCCCCGCCGAGGCGCCUCGGGCCAACGGGUGGACUCCCUCGGGCGUCCGGGAGCAGCUGGCCAUCGGGGUGAACGAGGUGACGCGGGCCCUGGAGAGGGACCGGCUGGCCCUGGUGCUGACGUGCAGGUCCGUGGAACCCGCCCCCGUCACCUCGCACCUCAUCCACCUCAGCGUCAGCCGGGCCGUCCCCGCCUGCCAGCUGCCCGGCCUCAGCCAGACCGUCGCCCCCGUCCUCGGCCUCAAGUGCGUCCUGGCCCUGGGGUUCAGGAGGGACGCCGCCUCCUUCGCGCGGGACGUCGAGGCCAUCGUCCCCAGGAUCCCCCGCCUGCGGGUCCCCUGGCUGCCGGGCCCCGGGGCGGGUUCGGAGAGCGACUCCCGGGAAGCGCCGGGGGACGAGGAGGCGGCGGCGGCGGCCGCGGACGCCUCGCUCGGGGGGCCGACCAAGCGGAAGCGGGAGGGAGGUCCGAGGGGGCACCCCCGGCUCACUCUGCAGCCCCUAAAGAUCAAGAAGUUGAUCCCAAAUCCCGAUAAGAGAAGGAAACCGCCCAAAGGGAAAAAGGGGACAAAGAAAUGACUCUGGUACCCACGUCCUCCCCGCGGAUGAGGCAGAUGGAAAUAAAUCGCGUUCCCCGA